AUGGUGGCACUGAGCAAGGCUAAAGUGACUGUGAAGGGCAGAGUUAAACAGAAAAGGAAUGGUGAUGACGUAAUAGGGUUACUUGGGAGAGAAGGGGGCCCGUCCCCGGCGCUGGGACAAGGGGCGAGGGGCCCGGCGCUGGCAGGAAAUGCCCCACAUGAGCCGUCGCCUGCCCCGGGCCGGCUGUCGAGAGACACACCCCGGCCUGCCCCCGCCGCGACGCCGGAGAAAUCUGGCCCCGCGGAGCUCAGCCCCUCCGGCAGAGAAAGCAGGAGGACAGCGCUCCACCGGUCCCAAGCAGCGCUUACCUUUCUCGGGCCGCCGGAGAAAGCGGAAGGAAGUGGCCCCGCCCGGCCAGCCCCGGAAGACUGUGAGGGGGCCCGGCUGCGUCGGAGCCGUGGCCGGGCGGGGAGCGGCUACGGCCCGCGCCUGCGUCUGCUUCCCUGGAGCAGCGCCGACCCACCGCCACCUCCCGGUCUCGCUGCCGGGCUCCACCGCCACCUCCCGGCUGCCGGCCGCAGGGACCAGCCCGCAGUGCCCCGCUUGGCUCCCCUCACGCCCCGGCCCCUCGGCCCUGCCAGCGUCUCCUACUACAUGAGCCGUUCUCGCCCCCCCGUGGUCUGUUCCAGCAGGCGAACAGCGAGCGCGUCGAGAAGUGAGGAACCACAUGGUGCUGGAGGCUGUCCCAUGAAUAUUUUUUCUGGAAAUGAAAUCUUGUUCUUUAAAGAAGAAGUGACAAGAUCUAUUUUGACCAUGUUGGAGUGAAAAGCCCUGCUUAUCUGCUUUGAUUUUAAUACUAUGAUGCUUAUGUAAGUAUAUAAAUAAAUUUUAAUAUUAGCAAGAAGAAAAUUAAACAAAUAAAAAAGGCACUUUCAUCAAUCAAAAAUAAUUUUGCAAGAAAAAGUUAUCCUGAAAAUGUCAGUUGGGGGGGUGUUCCUCUAGGAAUACUGAAAAAAUUGUUCCACUUUCUCUGAAAUUAAAAAUGCAAUGCCCUUCUUUAAGGAUAAGCUUUCUAAAGCAAGGAAUGUAAACAUGAAUUUUAUUUUGUAUUUUGUCUUUCAUAAAAAAGUCUCCAUUUCUGUUCCGCUUUGCUUUGGUUUUUCACAGUGAAACAUAAUAGUUUUAGAGUAUCCUAAAUGGUGAUAUGACACCUCAGUACUUAUGAAAUCAACAGCU